AUGGCAAUUUGUAGGGUUGUUGGAUACCCAGACCUCUUCUUAACAUUUACUUGCAAUCCUGAGUGGCCUGAGCUUGAGGAUUUUCUAAAGAAUAGGGAUCUAAAUGCUGAAGACCGUCCUGAUAUGGUAUGUCGAGCCUUUAAGGUCAAAUUGGAUCAUCUAAUCCAAGACAUCAGAAAGAACGAUAUAUUUGGAAGGGUCGUUGCAGUUGUCUAUACUAUCGAAUUCCAGAAGCGUGGUCUACCCCAUGCACACAUCUUGGUCUUUUUACAUCAAGAUGACAAGUAUCCAACUGCAGAUGAUAUUGAUCAAAUCAUAAGUGCUAAAAUACUAGAUAAGGACAGAGAUCCACUAUACUAUGAAGCUGUAGAAAAAUAUAUGAUGCACGGUCCAUGUGGGAGCAUCAAGAAAGACUCACCGUGCAUGGAGAAUGGGAAGUGCAUUAGACACUUUCCUAAGAAAUUCGUCAAUAACACUACUAUUGACGAGGAUGGAUAUCCUGUUUACAGGAGAAGAGAUGAUGGAAAGACAAUUAGCAAAUGUGAGGUUGAACUUGACAAUCGUUAUGUUGUCCCACACAAUAGGAAGCUUCUUUUGAGAUAUGGGGCACACAUUAACGUUGAAUGGUGUAACCAAUCAAGAUCAAUCAAGUAUUUAUUCAACAGUGGCACAGCCGAUGCAGAGAAUGAUGAGUGUGAUGAAGUUAGCAUGUAUUAUGACUGUAGAUAUAUAUCUCCAUGUGAAGCAGCUUGGAGAAUAUUUGGGUACGGAAUCCACUUUAGAGACCUUUCUGUGGUACGUUUGGGGUUCCACUUGCCAGGUGAGCAACCUGUUGUUUUUCAAGAUCAUGAAAAUCUAGAAGAUGUUGUUAAGAAGUAUUCUGUGAAGGAAUCUAUGUUUCUUGGAUGGUUCGAGGCAAACAAGAAGUACGGUGAGGCUCGAAGUUUGACAUAUUCAGAAUUCCCAUCCAAGUUUGUGUGGAAGCCACUACCAAGGAAAUGGUUCCCACGUAAGUCUCAUUUAGUUAUUGGACGGAUAUUCUUUGUGCCGCCAGGAUCAGGAGAAAUAUACUAUCUUCGAUUACUCCUAAAUUUUGUGAGAGGCCCAACCAGCUAUGAGGAUAUUAGAACUAUUAAUGGUAUUCUAUACCCUACAUUUGGAGAUGCAUGUUAUGCACAAGGUAUUCUAGAUGAUGACAAGGAAUAUAUCGAUGCUAUUGAGGAAGCAAGUAUCUGGGGGUCGGGUCAAUAUCUCAGGAAACUAUUUGCAACACUGUUAUUUUCAAACACCAUAACUAGACCGGAACAUGUAUGGAAAAACACAUGGAAAUUACUUUCGGAUGAUAUCCUACAUAAACAAAGGAGGAUACUUGACAAUCAAGAUUUACAUAUGACAGAGACAGAAAUAAGAGACUUGACUCUUAUUGAAAUUGAGAACUUAUUAAAGGGAUGCAAUAAGAGCCAAAGAGACAUCCUUUCUAUGCCAUUCCCUAACAUGGACAUGUGUUAUCAACAAUUGAUGUCCAAUGGUGUCAAUAGGCUUAUUUGUGACGAGCUUCGUUAUGAUAGGCGAAAAUUGGUAGUGGAACAUGCAUAUUUAUUACAAAAGCUAAUAGAUGAGCAGAAGAGAGUGUACAAACAAAUAUUAGCAGCUGUCAAUAGUGGUGAUGGUGGUGUGUUUUUUCUAUAUGGAUAUGGCGGUACAGGGAAGAUAUUUGUUUGGAAAACAUUAGCUGCUGCAAUUAGAUCUAAAGGUCAAAUUGUCUUGAUGGUUGCUUCGAGUGGGAUAGCAUCUCUCUUGCUCCCUGGUGGAAGGAUAGCACACUCGCGUUUUGCAAUCCCUAUUAACCUUGACGAGUUUUCAACAUGUAACAUUAAUCAGAACAGCCCUUUGGCAGAGUUGAUAAUUCGAUGUAAGCUUAUUAUAUGGGACGAAGUUCCAAUGGUCAACAGACUUUGUAUUGAAGCACUUGAUAGAACAAUGAGAGACAUCUUAAGGUUCAAGAAUGCUAAUAGUCUUCAACAACCUUUUGAAGGCAAGACUGUUGUAUUUGGCGGGGAUUUUCGACAAAUACUACAUGUCAUACCCAAGGGCAGCAGGCAAGAUAUUGUCAAUGCAAUAAUCAAUUCUUCAUAUAUUUGGGAUAGUUGCAAGUUGUUGUCACUAACACAGAACAUGCGGUUGCGGGCGGACACUCUUGAUGAAAGAAAAUGA